UUUUCCGAUGCAAAGACCAUUCAGUUAAGCAAAGCAGAGCAGGUCAACAUUCACACUGCGUAUGAAGAGACAACACAGAUAUUCAUCUUGUUCAGUUCUUCAAUGGAAUAGUUCUGAAUCUAGUCUUUUCCAGCAGACAAUGAUUAUAAGCGGGCUAUCCCUGCAUCUUGUGGUUGGUCAUCUCCUCAUAUCUCAUGUUGGCUCGACCUGCAUUCCUGCCGAGUGCCUGAGCUGUAAUGUCACAGGAGAAGCUCUAGCAGAUGCUUGUGAGCUCUGUCUGAACAUCACCCACUGCAUUAAUGGAACAUUAACAAAUAUUCCACAAAACUGCAGAAGAGACUUUAAGGUGUUUGUCAACAGCUCAAGAUUCACUGUACAGGAGGGCGAGGACAUCUAUCUUACCUGUGUCCAUAACCUUCCCGAUUUGAAUGUGACGUUUAAGUGGUACAAGAAUACGAAAGAACUUAAAGGGGAAAAUGAAAGCACAUUCAGUGUCAAAAGAGUGCUUUCACAUAAUGCAGGCACAUAUUCCUGUUCUGUGACGAGCCCGUGUGGCUGUUACAAGUCUUCGCCACGUGAUGUCACUAUACCCAACAGCGCUGUGGUUAUCUGGGUGGUCUGCGGUGUUUCAGCUUUGGUCCUGAUCUUGAUGAUGGGGCUGGCGAUGAAGUUCAAGCUGAGAAGAGACAACAUUCAACACAGAGAAAGGAUGCAGCAGAGGGCGCAGAUUGGACAGACAUUGACCCCAAGAGGCUCCUGAAAGACCAGCUAUAUCUCACAUUUAUGUGUAAUGAAUACUGACCUUAUUUCCUAAUCCAAAGUUGUAGUAUUUAAUACAAAAAUAAAAACUCUUCAAUCUCUGUC